AUGCCUCAUAUAGACAAUGGAAGCAGCGGGGCUUCCAACAUCUCAUCUGCUAUUAAUUUGGCAAAGACGAUAAUCGGUGCUGGGUUGUUAUCCAUGCCAUUGGCAUACUCCACAGACGGAACUAUAUUUGGAACCUUCAUAAUCCUAAUUGCAGCCUUGACUUCGGGCUUUGGUUUAUUCAUACAGGCUUAUGUGUCAAGAUACGUUGCUAGUGGGCAUGCGAAUUUCUUUGGUCUCUGUUCAAUCACAUACCCACAGUUGUCCGUUAUAUUCGAUAUCGCUAUUGCUAUACAAUGCUUUGGUUGCGCCAUCUCCUAUUUGGUGCUUAUUGGUGAUUUGAUGCCCACCAUAAUUUCAAAUGUGCCCUAUGUUGAAGAGAAGCAUUAUAGAACGUUUUGGUUGUUGGUUUCAGCUCUCUUUACCGUACCAUUGUCGUUUGCUAGAAAGCUUGAUGCGUUGAGAUACACUUCAAUUUUGGCCUUGAUUGCCAUUUUUUACAUUUCACUACUUGUGGUUGCUCAUUUCUUCAUAAAUGAUAUCCCCCGCUCUGGGAUCAUUGAAUACUUCCCAUCGAGCGUGACCGGAGUAUUUAGCACAUUUUCCAUUAUUGUGUUUGCUUUCAGUGGGCAACAGAAUAUGUUUUCAAUUAUCAAUGAAGCAAGGGACAAAUCUUUAACCAAUUUGACGCGUUUGAUCAACUUUGCCAUCAUUCUUUCAAGUUUGUUGUUUAUUGGAGUGGGUCUUUCAGGUUAUUUGACUUUUGGCUCUAGUGUAAAUGGAAAUGUCAUUUUGUCGUACCCCAAUGGUGCAGCAACAUGGUUGGGAAGAUUUUGCAUUGUGUUUAUGGUUUUAUUCUCCUUCCCAUUGAUGUUUUUCCCAGCACGUAUCUCGUUCAACAAUAUCUACUAUGCAGCUAGAAAGGGGUUGGAGGAAAAGUCAGAGGAUGUAAAUGAGUCGACCCUAUUGCUUCAAGGUAGCAAUCAAGGAGAUUCAGAGGGCCAGCAUAACUUGCAUGUUGUCCCAUUUUCAAACCAGACUUUUGUUGUUCUCACGGUCAUUCUUUUGCUUACGGCGUACAUACUUGCUAUAUCAUUGAAGUCAUUUGCAUUUGUGUUGGCUAUCGUUGGAGCAACUGGGUCCACUUCUAUUUCUUUUAUCUUGCCUGGUUUGUUUGGAUACAAGCUUAUUGGGUCGGAACUGGAUGAUCCAAGCACUUUAGAAAAGAUCUUUAAAUACUUGUCACUUGGGUUGACUAUAUGGGGCGUAGUUGUUAUGGUUGUUUGUUUAUACACUAGUUUAGCAUUGUGA